AUGCAGCUUUCUAGGCUGGAUCCGUUUACUGGUAUGGAAAUGGUUGAGAAAGUGGACACUGCUACCUGGUUACGGCUGGAUCCGUGUACUGGUACGGAAUUGGUUGAGAAAGUGGACACUGCUACCUGGUUAGCAUGUGCCACGGAGUUGAGCCAAUUGAGUCGGAUGAAAAUGGAAUCGGAUAUAAAGAAAUUUAGGCGAGAUGGGUCACAAUACUUAUAA